UUUAUUUGGUACUUUGCCUUUCUCUCCCUCCCCCUCUCUCUCAUCUCUUUCUCUCACCAACAAGUCUUGCUCGAAUCUCUUUUCACUAAACAGCUUUCGGGUCCUGAAAACAAAAGGAGAGGACCCAUCAAACCCAUAACACACACACAUAUUAAUAUUAUAUAUUUAAGGGAAAAACAAAAAGGGGAAAGAGAGAACCUCUUAUAAGUCAUGGAUUCGCUUGUUGUGGUAGAAUUUCAAGCUCGUUUUCUGGGGUUUCGAUUUUUGUUGUAAUGCGGUGAGCUUAUUGGGUUGUGAUUGUUCCUUAAUUCUGAAUAUGGAUUUCUCUUUUGAGGGAACUGCACUUGAUCCAUCAAAAGGCACUAAGCUAAGCAUGGAUGAAAAGAGAGAACUUGUCUAUCAAUUAUCGAAAUGCUCAGGUGCCUCUGAAAUGCUGCAGUCAUGGAGCCGUCAGGAAAUUUUGCAGAUCCUGUGUGUGGAGAUGGGAAAAGAAAGGAAAUAUACUGGCUUGACAAAGUUAAAAAUCAUAGAACACCUUCUGAAAAUUGUAUCUGAGAAAAAAGCAGGGGAGUGUGAGGUGACAACGGAUGCUGAGACAGAAUCAUCUCCUGCAUCAGUACGGAGAUCUUCCAAAAGGCAAAGGAAAAUUGAUAAUCCAUCACGGUUAACUGUUCCAGUGAACUAUACUGCAACUAGCAAUGCGGGAAAUGAUUUAGCUAAUGUUAUAUACUGUAAAAACUCCGCUUGCAGAGCUACUCUAAAACAAGAUGAUGCAUUUUGCAAGAGGUGUUCAUGUUGCAUCUGCUACAAGUAUGAUGACAACAAGGAUCCCAGCCUUUGGUUAACUUGCAGCUCAGAUCCUCCAUUUCAGGCUGUUACAUGUGGCAUGUCAUGUCAUCUUGACUGUGCCUUAAAACAUGAAAGUUCUGGCAUUGGAAAAGAUGGAUAUGAUGGGAGCUUUCGUUGUAUAGCUUGUUGGAAAGUGAAUGAUUUACUUGGAUGCUGGAGAAAACAAUUAUUGAUGGCAAAAGAUACCAGGCGUGUAGACAUAUUAUGUUAUCGCUUAUCCUUGAGCCAAAAACUUAUUAGCAGAUCUGGAAAGUAUCAAAACCUUUAUGAGAUUGUAGAUGAAGCUGUGAAGAAGCUUGAAGAUGAAGUGGGCCCAUUAACUGGCUUACCUGUAAAGAUGGGUAGGGGUAUUGUCAACAGGCUUUCUUCCGGACCCGAGGUUCAAAAACUGUGCGCUUUUGCUUUGGAGUCCCUGGACAAAUUGCUUUCAAGUACCACUGCGCAUUCAUUUUCGGCUCCUGUGAUAACAGAUCUAAAUUUAACUGCUUCAACAAUUGUCAGAAUUGAAGAUGUAAAUUCCACUUCACUUACUGUGGUUUUGGGUUCUGAAGAUACUUCACUAGAUACUGUUGUUGGCUAUACCUUGUGGCAUCGCAAGACUCGAGAUACUGGUUAUCCAGCAGAACCUACAUGCACACUGUUUGUACCAAAUACAAGGUUUGUUGUCACUGGCCUUUGUUCUGCUACAGAUUAUCAUUUCAAAGCUGUUUCCUUCAAUGAUGAAAGAAGGGAAAUGGGCACUUGUGAAGUUCGGUGCUGUACCCAGGAUGAAGUUCCAAACUGCUCGGCCGUAGAAAGAAGUCAAAGCCCAGCAACUAAUUGUAGCAGUCUUUCUAAUCCAUCUUCAGUGGAAGAUGAAACUAAUCACAAUGCUCCAUGUGGCGACCAGACCGUUAACCGAGCAUACAAUUAUCCUAGUUACUGUAAAGAUGGUAACAAAAUUGUCUCUUCCAAUGUACUGAAUGGUAUUAUAAGUUGUGCUGGCAUGGGGGAAGGUAGAACCCUUACAAAUGCAGUUCCCUUGUUAGAUGAGGAACAUACCGUGCAGGUAGUUACCUCCAUGCCUUGUUGUGAUAUGCAAAAGCUUCAGAACGAGCAUUCGCACGAGGACCAAAUAGUUGAUGAGACGAGCACCGAAAAUGGGUCCGAUGCCCCUAUUCACACUGACCUGGAAUGUGUGCCAUUUGAGGGUAAGGGUAACAUAGAAACUAGCUUGCCCAUUACUCCCUGCAAGUUGGACAUGAUCAAGGACGGGCAAGGAAGACAUGGAAGGUCCAAGUCGAGCAACAAAGAUCUGUUAAAUGGGACUGGGAAAGGAGAGGAGCCCCAAGAUGCAAGCACUUCAAAGAAGCGAAGCGGGGAAAGACGAGAUGAAGAGUGUACUCAUUCAGACAGGGAUUUUGAGUAUUAUGUGAAGGUGAUCAGGUUGUUAGAAUGUGAGGGACAUAUAGAGAAAAAUUUCAGGCAGAAAUUCUUAACUUGGUAUAGCUUGAGAGCAACCCCACAAGAGGUAAGGGUUGUGAAGGCAUUUGUUGAUACCUUCAUUCAAGAUCCAGCAUCUCUUGCAGAGCAGCUUGUGGACACUUUCUCAGAAUGCAUCUCAAGCCGGAGAUCAUCUGUUGUGCCGGCUGGCUUCUGCAUGAAGCUUUGGCAUUGACAGCCUUACUAUAUUCCUUGAAUCAGAUAACAUAGUUCGGGGCGCAAACCUGCCGGGGUUUCUUGUAGCAGUAAUUCUUUAGACUCGAUUAACAUUCUUCAUUCAGACUGUUAUCAUUUACAUUUGUCAUCAGCAUGGUGUAAGAAUGUCAUUAUUCGUUUCUCUUUCUCUUUCCAAUUAUUUUAGCUUUCGGAAUCGGUUUAAUUUAUUUGCUAUACUGCUUAUGAAUCAAUAUAAGUUGCUAUACUGUUGGGAA